GCACUAAGAGCCGAACUGAAAUCCCGCGAGGAUCAACCGAGCUCGCCGAAAGGAGGGAGGAACGUAUCCCUUCUGGAGGCUGUCUCCGGGGGCAGAGGGACCGGACCGGAAGUGACGUGAGCGGGUUCCGGUUGGCCGGAGCCCAGCGGCGUGUGUGAGAGUCGCUCCUCAAGAGUUACUGAUCUAUGAAAUGGCAGAGAAUGGAAAAAAUCGUGACCAGAGACGUGUAGCAAUGAACAAGGAACAACAUAAUGGAAAUUUCACAGACCCCUCUUCAGUGAAUGAAAAGAAGAGGAGGGAGCGGGAAGAAAGGCAGAAUAUUGUCCUGUGGAGACAGCCGCUCAUUACCUUGCAGUAUUUUUCUCUGGAAAUCCUUGUAAUCUUGAAGGAAUGGACCUCAAAAUUAUGGCAUCGUCAAAGCAUUGUGGUGUCUUUUUUACUGCUGCUUGCUGUGCUUAUAGCUACGUAUUAUGUUGAAGGAGCACAUCAACAGUAUGUGCAACGUAUAGAGAAACAGUUUCUUUUGUAUGCCUACUGGAUAGGCUUAGGAAUUUUGUCUUCUGUUGGGCUUGGAACAGGGCUGCACACCUUUCUGCUUUAUCUGGGUCCACAUAUAGCCUCAGUUACAUUAGCUGCUUAUGAAUGCAAUUCAGUUAAUUUUCCUGAACCACCCUAUCCUGAUCAGAUUAUUUGUCCAGAUGAAGGGGGCACUGAAGGAACCAUUUCUUUGUGGAGUAUCAUCUCAAAAGUUAGGAUUGAGGCCUGCAUGUGGGGUAUCGGUACAGCAAUCGGAGAGCUGCCUCCGUAUUUUAUGGCCAGAGCAGCUCGCCUCUCAGGUGCUGAACCAGAUGAUGAAGAGUAUCAGGAAUUUGAAGAGAUGCUGGAACAUGCAGAGUCUGCACAAGACUUUGCCUCCCGGGCCAAACUGGCAGUUCAAAAACUAGUACAGAAAGUUGGAUUUUUUGGAAUUUUGGCCUGUGCUUCAAUUCCAAAUCCUUUAUUUGAUCUGGCUGGAAUAACAUGUGGACACUUUCUGGUACCUUUUUGGACCUUCUUUGGUGCAACCCUAAUUGGAAAAGCAAUAAUAAAAAUGCAUAUCCAGAAAAUUUUUGUUAUAAUAACAUUCAGCAAGCACAUAGUGGAGCAAAUGGUGGCUUUCAUUGGUGCUGUCCCCGGCAUAGGUCCAUCUCUGCAGAAGCCAUUUCAGGAGUACCUGGAGGCUCAACGGCAGAAGCUUCACCACAAAAGCGAAAUGGGCACACCACAGGGAGAAAACUGGUUGUCCUGGAUGUUUGAAAAGUUGGUCGUUGUCAUGGUGUGUUACUUCAUCCUAUCUAUCAUUAACUCCAUGGCACAAAGUUAUGCCAAACGAAUCCAGCAGCGGUUGAACUCAGAGGAGAAAACUAAAUAAGUAGAGAAAGUUUUAAACUGCAGAAAUUGGAGUGGAUGGGUUCUGCCUUAAAUUGGGAGGACUCCAAGCCAGGAAUGAAAAUUCCCUUUUCCAACCUGUAUCAAUUUUUACAACUUUUUUCCUGAAAGCAGUUUAGUCCAUACUUUGCACUGACAUACUUUUUCCUUCUGUGCUAAGGUAAGGUAUCCACCCCCGAUCCAAUCCACCUUGUGUUUUCUUAGGGUGGAAUGUGAUGUUCAGCAGCAAACUUGCAACAGACUGGCCUUCUGUUUGUUACUUUCAAAAGGCCCACAUGAUACAACUAGAGAAUUCCCACCACACAAAAAAAGUUCCUAAGUAUGUUAAAUAUGUCAAGCUUUUUAGGCUUGUCACAAAUGAUUGCUUUGUUUUCCUAAGUCAUCGAAAUGUAUAUAAAUUAUCUAGAUUGGAUAACAGUCUUGCAUGUUUAUCAUGUUACAAUUUAAUAUUCCAUCCUGCCCAACCCUUCCUCUCCCACCCUCAAAAAAGGGCCAUUUUAUGAUGCAUUGCACACCCUCUGGGGAAAUGGAUCUUUAAAUUUUGAGACAGUAUAAGGAAAAUCUGGUUGGUGUCUUACAAGUGAGCUGACACCAUUUUUUAUUCUGUGUAUUUAGAAUGAAGUCUUGAAAAAAACUUUAUAAAGACAUCUUUAAUCAUUCCAAAA